AUGAAGGCUUCUGUCCAAAUUUUCACCUUGAGCGCCAUGUCCUGUCUGUCCACAUUGCAAGUCAAUGCACACUUAACCAUGGUCAGCAUGAUUGGCGAAACCAACGGAUACAGGGGUACAUCAUUUGGCGAGAUGGAAGGAGUCCCUCGAAACGGCACAGCUCGUUUCCCAUUCCAAGCCGAUAGCGGUGUCAUUCGUCAGGGUGAUAUCGACAAGGGAAUGGCAAGUGUAUGUGGGCGUACUUUGAUGGGCCCAAUCGACAUGAAGGCCUCCUUCCAAAAGGCCGAGCUUGAAGGUUUACCCGACCUGGCUCCCGGAGGUCGGAUCAUCAUCACAACUCACCAGAUCAAUGCUGAUGGCGGUGGACCCUACACAUGUGCCGUUGACUUGGGAGCAACCGGAGAGAGAUUCAUUCAAAUUCCUAUUGAAGUCAAUAUUCCUGGUGCCAAUGGACGGUCUGAUGCCCGAGCUAUAGAUCUCCCCCUUGUGGCGAAGAUGCCCAAAAAUCUGAUCUGCACCGGUGGUACCGAUAAACAAACCUGUUUGAUUAGAUGCAUGAACGGAGCCAAAGCCGGUCCUUUCGGAGGCUGUCUAGCUUUUACCCAAAAGCCAGGAGCCGCUGAGAACGCGAAUCCCCUUCCGGCCGAUGCCGAUUUCUUCAGCCCAGCACUCGAAGCUCUAAAACAGAAAGCACAAAACGAACAAAUAACGAUCAUGCCGAUUGCCAAGAAGGUCAUACCUUUGAACCUGACGCCGAACAGGAGAUCACUCAGCCAGCGUCAAACCCAGACCCCUCAACUGAUGGUGUACCCUCCAGCAGGUCCUCGGAUAACCCCCACGACAACUGGAACCAUAGCCGCACCAAGCACGUUUGGAACCGACCUCGAGGGAGCCGGUGUGAACAACAACAACGGCGGGAAUGGAUACACAAACAAUACCAAGCCACCAGCUACCCCAGCGCCUGCAACUCCCCCCGUAGCUAAGGGCAAAGCAAACAAGCGAUUCAUUAAAAGAGACUCCUAUGUGGCCGCCAAGUCAGCUACUGUAGAAGGAACCUUGCAAGAAAUUGUCACCGGUCCUCUUGGUCAAGCUGAUUCACCCAAGUUAAUUCAGAAGUCAAAAGACCUCAAGUUCCCCGGUCCUCAAUAUGUCUUGCAAAUGUCUGAAUAA